AUGCCUUGCUUGAUCUGCUCCGCCUUUUCUGACAUACAACAUAUUACCUGCACUUUGGAAAUCAAUACCAAGGCGCAAAAAGCGCAAGCAAAUACAGAAGCAGGAGUCCAAUUAGGAGGGGACUACAAGCACGCAUACAUCACAACCAAAGACCAAUUUAGAUACAAGACAAAGCAGAAAUGCCAGAUAAAGAAAAGAAACAGACGGUGCCAUAGAUGGGCAGAGGACGUCGAAAUCUAA